GAAGCGGCCCCACCUCCUGCCUGGACCCCACUCACAUACUCGGCUCCGAAACCCACCGCCACCACUCGCUCCCUUCGAAUCGCAACGCCACCAUCUCCCUUCUUCCACCUCGAGCAAUAAAAACAUCUCCAUCCCCCCUCGUUUCCCUGUCCUGGAGAAGAACCGAGGGAGAGAUUUCGUUGUGUUCUUCUCUCCUUUUAUCUACAAAUUAGAAAAAGGAGAAGAAGCUGUGUUUAUGCCUCUCGAUUAGCUUUGUUUUGUCUUUUUCGUCGCUUAGUUUAUUGUAAUUAUAUUGCGUAUAUAUAAACGACAAGUAGGAGGAGGGGGAGGUUGGUAGUGUAUGUGAAAAGGAGAGGGAGAGGGGGAGGAGAAGCGAAGAGAAGGCGAAGCGUAGGAAGAAGAAGGCAUGAAGGCCGAGGAAGGAGAAAGAGGAGGGAAGAAGGCGGAAAGGGGGCUGAAGAAGGGGCCGUGGACGCCGGCGGAGGACGCGAUCCUGGUGGAGCAUGUGAGGCGGCACGGGGAGGGGAACUGGAAUGCGGUGCAGCGGCACAGCGGGCUGGCGCGCUGCGGCAAGAGCUGCCGCCUCCGUUGGGCCAACCACCUCCGCCCCAACCUCAAGAAGGGAUCCUUCACACCCGACGAGGAGCUCCUCAUCCUUCGCCUCCACGCCCAGCUCGGCAAUAAAUGGGCGCGCAUGGCCGCUCAGCUCCCGGGAAGGACGGACAAUGAGAUUAAGAACUACUGGAACACCCGCCUCAAGCGCCGGCAGCGCGCCGGCCUUCCCAUCUACCCGCCGGAGCUGCAAGAGGCCGUCGGAUUCGAUCACCAGCUGAAGCAACAGGCUUCGACGUUGCUCCGGACGCCGCCGCCGCUGCCACCUCCGCCUUCCGCCGCGGAGUUCAGCGCCCGGCUCCCCUCCUUGCGGCCCGCCCCGUUGCUGGAUCCCGCCAUUUUUCGGCCUUCGUCGGGGAUGACUCUGCCUCCCCUCCCGCAAAAUCUGUUCUCCUGUCACCUCGGUUUUGGAUUCCCGCUCUCGCCCGCCUCGCCGCCGCCGACGCCAACCUCUCUUUUUCAGCCGCAGCAGCAGCUUGGGCCGGGAAAUUAUGAAGUAAGCCGGCCGCAGCGGCUGCCGCCGGUGCCGUGGCCAACGAUGGCGAAAAUGGAGCUCCCUUCAUGCCAAUUGUUCCCGGAACCCGUCGGAGGCCGCGACGGUCUUACCAGCAGCGGCCUGCUCGAGGCUCUGCUGCAGGACGCCCAUGUCCCCGAGGAUAUGAAGCUCGGGGAGCUCUUGGCACUGCCAACCGUCGGCGAGCAGGAAGCGGUGUGGGAGCACGUCUUCUUCGGCGGCGAUAGCAGCGAAGCCAUCAAGGAGACUUCUCAAGGCUGCUCCUUGGGAUCCGCCACGAAGUUGGAAGGCUUGGAUUGCGACAUGGCCCUUCUAGCAGGAUCCAAGAAUAAGAGUGAACCACGGUGCGAUGCCAACACCGAGCAAGACGAUAUAUCUGCACUCCUUGACAUCCCGGCACCGCCAGUAUCGAUGAUCCCUGAAUGGUGCAAUACCGACAGCACAGAGUCACCGGCCAUGGUGGGCAACGAAACAGGGCUCGACAUACAUCAGUUGGCUUCUCCCGUCUCCAUCGCAUCCUCAGACCACGACUGGAAUAUCAGUUCAUGGCCAUGGAACAACAUGCCAGGAAUCUGUUGAAGACCUACAUAUUGAUGACCAUCAGCUUCUAAAGGUCACUCACUUUAGUCUGCUGUAUGAGUCCAUAGAGAACUUAUCUUGAAGGCUUGUAAUUAAAUGCAUUAGACUGCAUGCUAUGUAUGAACGUCGACCCAGUUGUCAUGUUGGAGGGUAAGUAGUAUCUCUAUGUUCUUUUUCUUUUUCUUCUCCCAUUGUGCACUAUAACCAGUAGGAACUCCCACCCACUGAAUAAGUAAUGCAUGGGUGAUUUGUUCUUAAAUCCAA